AAGCGAAGUUCUCGUUAUACUUAAGCUCCAAGGAACGAACCAAAUAAAAGAAGAUAGCAUGAAAAAAUAUCUGGAGCGUGAAGAAAAUUAUGUUAUUUUAGUGCUAAGAACACAUUUUUUUUAUUAGGGUAAUCAGUCACGCUUGCUUGCUAGAGAUGCUAUUGAUGAAAUUCCUAACUAACAUUCCCUCGUGGACCUCGUUCUUGGAAAGAAAAUAUUCAAAUUCCCUCUGCACGGCACAUGACGAAAUACAACUUCAAACCUGAAAAGUAUGGUCUGAGUCGCGUUAACUGGCCAAGGACCGGAAGGAAGAAAGGCCUAAGUGUGUUCUACUAUCUGUGGCCUUAAAUCAGAGCAGUGGAUAUUCCAAGAUGGGAUUUAUUUUCCUAUCACAGGAACACCGGCCAUUUCUUUGGUCUGUCUACAUGCUCUUAACAGUUCUCAUCAUUGCCGCAAAUAGUACUGCUACGACACUCGCUGAAGCAGUCGCUAUAUCGUCUCCUGUGUUACCCACAACAACUAGUGUACUGACGUCAUCUAUGGAAUCCUCUAUGGCAACAACCAGUACAACUUCGACACCAUCAUUGGAAUCGUCUAUGACAACAAAUAGUACGACUUCGACACUCGCUGAAGCAGUCGCUAUAUCGUCUCCUGUGUUACCCACAACAACUAGUGUACUGACGUCAUCUAUGGAAUCCCCCUUUAUGGCAAUGACCAGUACAACUUUCACACCAUCACUGGAAUCGUCUAUGACAACAAAUAGUACGACUUCGACACUCGCUGAAGCAGUCGCUAUAUCGUCUCUUGUGUUACCCACAACAACUAGUGUACUGACGUCAUCUAUGGAAUCCUCCUCUAUGGCAACAACCAGUACAACUUCGACACCAUCAUUAGAAUCGUCUAUGACAACAAAUAGUACGACUUCGACACUCGCUGAAGCAGUCGCUUUAUCAUCUUCUGUGUUACCCACAACAACUAGUGUACUGACGUCAUCUAUGGAAUCCUCCUCUAUGGCAACAACCAGUACAAGUUCGACACCAUCAUUGGAAUCGUCUAUGACAUCAAAUAAUACGACUUCGACACUUGCUGAAGCAGUCGCUACAUCGUCUCCUGUGUUACCCAAAACAACUAGUGUACUGACGUCCUCUAUGGAACCAUCCUCUAUGGCAACGACCAGUACAACUUCGACGCCAUCAUUGGAAUCGUCUAUGACAACAAAUAGUACGACUUCGACACUUUCUGAAGCAGUCGCUACAUCGUCUCCUGUGUUACGCACAACAACUAGUGUACUGACGUCCUCUAUGGAAUCCUCCUCUAUGGCAACGACCAGUACAACUUGGACGCCAUCAUUGGAAUCGUCUAUGACAACAAAUAGUACGACUUCGACACUCGCUGAAGCAGCCGCUAUAUCGUCUCUUGUGUUAUCCACAACAACUAGUGUACUGACGUCCUCUAUGGAAUCCCCCUUUAUGGCAAUGACCAGUACAACUUUCACACCAUCACUGGAAUCGUCUAUGACAACAAAUAGUACGACUUCGACACUCGCUGAAGCAGUCGCUAUAUCGUCUCUUGUGUUACCCACAACAACUAGUGUACUGACGUCAUCUAUGGAAUCCUCCUCUAUGGCAACAACCAGUACAACUUCGGCAGUUUCAUUGGAAUCGUCUAUGACAACAAAUAGUACGACUUCGACACUCGCUAAAGCAGUCGCUAUAUCGUCUUCUGUGUCACCCACAACAACUAGUGUACUGACGUCAUCUAUGGAAUCCUCCUCUAUGGCAACGACCAGUACAACUUUGACACCAUCAUUGGAAUCGUCUAUGACAAUAAAUAGUACGACUUCGACACUCGCUAAAGCAGUCGCUAUAUCGUCUCCUGUGUUACCCACAACAACUAGUGUACUGUCGUCAUCUAUGGAAUCCUCCUCUAUGGCAACAACCAGUACAAGUUCGACACCAUCAUUGGAAUCGUCUAUGACAACAAAUAGUACGACUUCGACACUCGCUGAAGCAGUCGCUAUAUCGUCUCCUGUGUUACCCACAACAACUAGUGUACUGUCGUCAUCUAUGGAAUCCUCCUCUAUGGCAACGACAAGUACAACUUCGACACCAUCAUUAGAAUCGUCUAUGACAACAAAUAGUACUACUUCGACACCCUCUGAAGCAGUCCCUAUAUCUUCUGAUUCACCCACAACAACUAGUGUCCUGACGUCAUCUAUGGAAUCCUCUUCUAUGGCAACAACCAGUACAACUUCGACACCAUCAUUGGAAUCGUCUAUGACAACAAAUAGUACGACUUCGACACUCGCUGAAGCAGUCGCUAUAUCGUCUCCUGUGUUACCCACAACAACUAGUGUACUGACGUCAUCUAUGGAAUCCUCCUCUAUGGCAACGACCAGUACAACUUUGACACCAUCAUUGGAAUCGUCUAUGACAAUAAAUAGUACGACUUCGACACUCGCUAAAGCAGUCGCUAUAUCGUCUCCUGUGUUACCCACAACAACUAGUGUACUGACUUCAUCUAUGGAAUCCUCCUCUAUGGCAACGACCAGUACAAGUUCGACACCAUCAUUGGAAUCGUCUAUGACAACAAAUAGUACGACUUCGACACUUGCAGAAGUAGUCGCUAUAUCGUCUCUUGUGUUACCCACAACAACUAGUGUACUGACGUCAUCUAUGGAAUCCUCCUCUAUGGCAACAACCAGUACAACUACGACACCAUCAUUGGAAUCGUCUAUGACAACAAAUAGUACAACUUCGACACUCGCUGAAGCAGUCGCUAUAUCGUCUCCUGUGUUACCCACAACAACUAGUGUACUGACGUCCUCUAUGGAAUCCUCCUCUAUGGCAACAACCAGUACAACUACGACACCAUCAUUGAAAUCGUCUAUGACAACAAAUAGUACAACUUCGACACUCGCUGAAGCAGUCGCUAUAUCGUCUCCUGUGUUACCCACAACAACUAGUGUACUGACGUCAUCUAUGGAAUCCUCCUCUAUGGCAACAACCAGUACAAGUUCGACACCAUCAUUGGAAUCGUCUAUGACAACAAAUAGUACGACUUCGACCCUCGCUGAAGCAGUCGCUAUAUCGUCUCCUGUGUUACCCACAACAACUAGUGUACUGACGUCAUCUAUGGAAUCGUCCUCUAUGGCAACAACCAGUACAACUUCGGCACCUUCAUUGGAAUCGUCUAUGACAACAAAUAGUACGACUUCGACACUUACUGAAGCAGUCGCUAUAUCGUCUCUUGUGUUACCCACAACAACAAGUGUUCUGACGUCAUCUAUGGAAUCCUCCUCUAUGGCAACAACCAGUACAAGUUCGACACCAUCAUUGGAAUCGUCUAUGACAACAAAUAGUACGACUUCGACACUCGCUGAAGCAGUCGCUAUAUCGUCUCCUGUGUUACCCACAACAACUAGUGUACUGACGUCAUCUAUGGAAUCCUCCUCUAUGGCAACAACCAGUACAAGUUCGACACCAUCAUUGGAAUCGUCUAUGACAACAAAUAGUACGACUUCGACACUUGCUGAAGCAGUCGCUAUAUCGUCUCCUGUGUUACCCACAACAACUAGUGUACUGACGUCAUCUAUGGAAUUCUCCUCUAUGGCAGCAACCAGUACAACUUCGACACCAUCAUUGGAAUCGUCUAUGACAACAAAUAGUACGACUUCGACACUUGCUGAAGCAGUCGCUAUAUCGUCUCUUGUGUUACCCACAACAACUAGUGUACUGACGUCAUCUAUGGAAUCCUCCUCUAUGGCAACAACCAGUACAAGUUCGACACCAUCAUUGGAAUCGUCUAUGACAACAAAUAGUACUACUUCGACACCCGCUGAAGCAGUCCCUAUAUCAUCUUCUGUGUCAUCCACAACAACAAGUGUUCUGACGUCAUCUAUGGAAUCCUUCUCUAUGGCAACAACCAGUACAACUACGACACCAUUAUUUAAAUCGUCUAUGACAACAAAUAGUACGACUUCGACACUUGCUGAAGUAGUCGCUAUAUCGUCUCCUGUGUUACCCGCAACAACUAGUGUACUGACGUCAUCUAAGGAACCCUUCUCUAUGAAAACAACCAGUACAACUUCGAAACCAUCAUUGGAAUCGUCUAUGACAACAAAUAAAACGACUUCGACACUCGCUGAAGCAGUCAUUAUAUCGUCUCCUGUGUUACCCACAACAACUAGUGUACUGACGUCAUCUAUGGAAUCCUCUAUAGCAACAACCAGUACAAGUUCGACACCAUCAUUGGAAUCGUCUAUGACAACAAAUAGUACGACUUCGACCCUCGCUGAAGCAGUCGCUAUAUCGUCUUCUGUGUUACCCACAACAACUAGUGUACUGACGUCCUCUAUGGAAUCCUCCUCUAUGGCAACAACCAGUACAACUACGACACCAUCAUUGAAAUCUUCUAUGACAACAAAUAGUACAACUUCGAGACUCGCUGAAGCAGUCGCUAUAUCGUCUCUUGUGUUACCCACAACAACUAGUGUACUGACGUCGUCUAUGGAAUCCUCCUCUAUGGCAACAACCAGUACAACUUCGGCACCAUCAUUAGAAUCGUCUAUGACAACAAAUAGUACUACUUCGACACUCGCUAAAGCAGUCGCUAUAUCGUCUUCUGUGUCACCCACAACAACUAGUGUCCUGACGUCAACAAUGAACUUCUCCAAGGCAACAAACAGGUCAACAUCGACUUCUUUUGAUGCAGUGGCUGUGACGUCUUCUGUGUCACCCACAGCAAUAAGUGUCCUGACAUCAACAAUGAACUCCUCCAUCGCAACAAACAGGUCAACAUCGACAUCCAUUGAUGCAGUGGCUGUGACGUCUUCUGUGUCACCCACAGCAACAAGUGUCCUGACGUCAUCAAUGAACUCCUCCAUAGCAACAAACAGGUCAACAUCGACUUCCAUUGAUGCAGUGGCUGUGACGUCUUCUGUGUCACCCACCCCAACAAGUGUCCUGACGUCAUCAAUGAACUCCUCCAUAGCAACAAACAGGUCAACAUCGACUUCCAUUGAUGCAGUGGCUGUGACGUCUUUUGUGUCACCCACAAGAACAAGUGUCCUGACGUCAACAAUGAACUCCUCCAUUGCAACAAACGGGUCAACAACAACAUCCAUUGAUGCAGUGGCUGUGACGUCUUCAGUGUCACCCACCCCAACAAGUGUCCUGACGUCAUCAGUGAACUUCUCCAUAGCAACAAACAGGUCAGCAUCGACAUCCAUUGAUGCCAUGGCUGUGACGUCUUCUGUGUCACCAACCCCAACAAGUGUCCUGACGUCAUCAGUGAACUCCUCCAUAGCAACAAACAGGUCAACAACAACAUCCAUUGAUGCAGUGGCUGUGAGGUCUUCAGUGUCACCCACCCCAACAAGUGUCCUGACGUCAUCAGUGAACUUCUCCAUAGCAACAAACAGGUCAGCAUCGACAUCCAUUGAUGCCAUGGCUCUGACGUCUUCAGUGUCACCCACCCCAACAAGUGUCCUGACGUCAUCAGUGAACUUUUCCAUAGCAACAAACAGGUCAGCAUCGACAUCCAUUGAUGCCAUGGCUGUGACGUCUUCAGUGUCACCCACAGCAACAAGUGUCCUGACGUCAACAAUGAACUUCUCCAUAGCAACAAACAGGUCAAUAUCGACAUCCAUUGAUGCAGUGGCUGUGACGUCUUCUGUGUCACCCACAGCAACAAGUGUCCUGACGUCAUCAAUGAACUCCUCCAUAGCAACAAACAGGUCAACAUCGACUUCCAUUGAUGCAGUGGCUGUGACGUCUUUUGUGUCACCCACAAGAACAAGUGUCCUGACGUCAACAAUGAACUCCUCCAUUGCAACAAACGGGUCAACAUCGACAUACAUUGAUGCAGUGGCUGUGACGUCUUCUGUGUCACCCACAAGAACAAGUGUCCUGACGUCAACAAUGGACUCCUCCAUUGCAACAAACGGGUCAACAACAACAUCCAUUGAUGCAGUGGCUGUGACGUCUUCUGUGUCACCCACCCCAACAAGUGUCCUGACGUCAUCAGUGAACUCCUCCAUAGCAACAAACAGGUCAGCAUCGACAUCCAUUGAUGCAGUGGCUGUGACGUCUUCUGUGUCACCCACAAGAACAAGUGUCCUGACGUCAACAAUGGACUCCUCCAUUGAAACAAACAGGUCAACAACAACAUCCAUUGAUGCAGUGGCUGUGACGUCUUCUGUGUCACCCACCCCAACAAGUGUCCUGACGUCAUCAGUGAACUCCUCCAUAGCAACAAACAGGUCAGCAUCGACAUCCAUUGAUGCAGUGGCUGUGACGUCUUCUGUGUCACCCACAGCAAUAAGUGUUCUGACAUCAACAAUGAACUCCUCCAUAGCAACAAACAGGUCAACAUCGACAUCCAUUGAUGCAGUGGCUGUGACGUCUUCAGUUUCACUCACAGUAACAAGUGUCGUGAUGUCAUCAAUGAACUCCUCCAUAGCAACAAACAGGUCAACAUCGACAUACAUUGAUGCAGUGGCUGUUACGUCUUCAGUUUCACUCACAGUAACAAGUGUCCUGAUGUCAUCAAUGAACUCCUCCAUAGCAACAAACAGGUCAGCAUCGACAUCCAUUGAAGCAGUGGCUGUGACGUCUUCUGUGUCACCCACCCCAACAAGUGUCCUGACGUCAUCAAUAAACUCCUCCAUAGCAACAAACAGGUCAACAUCAACAUCCAUUGAUGCAGUGGCUGUGACGUCUUCUGUGUCACCCACCCCAACAAGUGUCCUGACGUCAUCAGUGAACUCCUCCAUCGCAACAAACAGGUCAACAUCGGCAUCCAUUGAUGCAGUGGCUGUGACGUCUUCUGUGUCACCCACAGCAAUAAGUGUUCUGACAUCAACAAUGAACUCCUCCAUAGCAACAAACAGGUCAACAUCGACAUCCAUUGAUGCAGUGGCUGUGACGUCUUCUGUGUCACCCUCAACAACAAGUUUCCAGACGUCAUCAAUGAACUCCUCCAUAGCAACAAACAGGUCAACAACAACAUCUAUUGGUGCAGUGGCUGUGACGUCUUCAGUUUCACCCACAGCAACAAGUGUCCAGACGUCAUCAAGGAACGUCUCCAUGGCAACAAACAGGUCAACAUCGACAUACAUUGAUGCAGUGGCUGUUACGUCUUCAGUUUCACUCACAGUAACAAGUGUCCUGAUGUCAUCAAUGAACUCCUCCAUAGCAACAAACAGGUCAACAUCGACAUCCAUUGAAGCAGUGGCUGUGACGUCUUCUGUGUCACCCACAAGAACAAGUGUCCUGAUGUCAUCAAUGAACUCCUCCAUAGCAACAAACAGGUCAACAUCGACAUCCAUUGAAGCAGUGGCUGUGACGUCUUCUGUGUCACCCUCAACAACAAGUGUCCUGACGUCAUCAAUAAACUCCUCCAUAGCAACAAACAGGUCAACACCAACAUCCAUUGAUGCAGUGGCUGUGACACCUUAUGUGUCAACAACUUUAUCUGUCAAGGCAGUCACUGUGACGUCUUCGCUGUCACUCACAGCAACUGGUGCCCAAACGUCUUUAUUGCAUUCCUCCACGGCAACUCCCAGAACAACUUCAACAUCCAUUGAUAAAUUCGCUUCUGUUCCAUUAACAUCAACCAUGUCAACCACUCAAGUGUAUUUGAUUGACACCAGUGAAUUAUCGUCGCUAGGGCUGGCUGUUGUGUCUUCCUCAAUCGCUUCUUACAGAAAUGAUUGCCUCGCAGUGAACAAUUGCAGUACUCAUGCGUCGUGUACAGAUCUCCCUGUUGGAUACCGCUGCUCGUGUUAUCGAGGAUUCACCGGCGAUGGCGUCAAUUGCACGGAUAUCGACGAGUGUUUAAGCCCCAGUCCAUGUCACGUUCAUGCCACGUGCAACAACACACAGGGAUCCUAUAACUGCCACUGCUCUUCCGGUUUCACCGGAAACGGUCACGAGUGCCAAGAUAUAGACGAGUGUUCAGGAAGCGUGUGCCUGGCUGAUCAAGUGUGUAAUAACAUCAUUGGCUCCUACACGUGCGCGUGCCCUGCUGGUUUUUUCGAGAAUAAUGGCACUUGUACAGAAAUUGUUGCGUUUACGGCGUCGUUCAAGAUUAAAGCUGGAAAUGAAUCUGUGUUUACCGAUGAUCUAAAGGACCCGAAGUCUCAAACCUACAAGACGCUAGAGGCUAAAGUCGUCUCUACGUACGAUGACAUCUACAAGAAUUCAUCUCUGAGAUAUAGCUACACUGGUUGUGAAGUUCUGCGGUUUCGGCCAGGCAGUGUGGUUGUCGAUGCUAUAGUGUACUUCGAUAAAGUCGCGAACGUCUCCUUAGAACAAGUAAAUCAAGCGGUGAACGAAAGCAUCAAUACUCAGAAUAUGACUUCGACCCUCGGGAUCUUCAUUAUCGACUCAAGUUCAGUGAGUGUUACCGAUCGUAACGAGUGCGAGGACGGAGCUCACGAUUGCCAUAGCAACGCCACAUGUAACAAUACUGUUGGCUCCUUCAAGUGUUACUGCAAGAGCGGUUUCCAUGGCAAUGGAAAGCAAUGCAAUGUAACUGAUCAUUGCGCCGCGGGAGUCCAUAACUGUCACGUGAACGCAACGUGCGCAUCAGCCAAUGGGACAUUUACAUGCACGUGCAAUGCAACAUCGGGUUACUAUGGCAACGGAACACACUGCUUUGCUGCCUGCACCACAAAGGACUUCUGCCAAAAUGGCGGAACCUGUCAUUAUACUGCUCGAUCCGUCUACUGUAGCUGCCCUGAAGGCUUCGACGGAGACCGUUGUCAAACUUCAGCCAUUCUAACUAAAGCUCCCCCUGUUAGUGCUUCCACACAGGACAAAGAGAUGCUGUAUAUCAUAAUCAUUCUCGCGGUAAUCGCUGGCAUGUUGCUGAUUGUCGCCAUCAUUGGGAUUUUUUGUAUCAGAAGACGUCGCACAACUUUGAAGUUUGCUGGUGAUUACGAGGAUGGCAACAGGGUUGAAUCCCGCAAAGUGAAAGUGCUGCCGCCGUCGCAAGAGGCUUUCCUUCGCGCCAUCGAGGAGGGCAGCAGAGGACUGCGAGCAUCGCCACUAGUCGAACCUGCAGAAGCCGCCGCCAAGGAGCUCGAGAAAGUCGAGAUAGAGAUGAAGGGGCGUGGCGUCCGACACAACCCAGAAUUUGGCCAUUACAACGUGGCGGCUUUCGAUGACAUCGAACGGAGGAGGGAUCCGACCCUCGGAUAACUCUUGGACAAGACCCCGCAGAAUUCAGCAGGACAAAGUUCCCACUACCCAGGCAACUACAGCAACUAAC